UGUAUUGAUCACCACUGCCGGUUGUGUGUUAAACAGGCAACUGCGGGUAUGGUUUUACUCAACAUAACCGACGUUUCGGAAUCAGUAUCUCCGGUAACACUAAACGAUCAUUGGUCGCGAUUGGCAAGACUGAUUCUACUCGCGUCGUUGGCCGCACUGGGCAGUGUCGGAAACGUCUUCAUGAUCAGCGCUGUCAUGAUCGAAGACUACCUCAGAAAAAGAGGUAACACCUUUAUCGUUAACGUGGCCUUAGCAGAUCUGCUCGUAUCCGGUUUGGUGGUACCGGCUUCGGCGAUCGUCAUUUUGGCGGGACUCCGGGACAAUUUGGCGGUGUGCCGCUUCCAAUGGUUCUUGGCGACUCUGUGUUUCCUCGUGACCGUUCUGUCGCUAGCCGCGGUCGCCACGGAAAAUUACUACCGCCUGUGUUUCUCCUCGGGGGCGUACGAAAAACUCACCCGAGGGAAAAUCACGGCGAUUUUACUGGUUUUUUGGAUAGUGUGCGCUUGCAUUUCCGGCGUGCAGUUCGUCGGCGACGUGUCCUUCGACUACUGCAGGCGGAAAUACUUGGGUUUGAUACCUUAUCAGGCGACGGUCAGCGUCGUUAUGGUCCUGGUGCCGGUGCUGGUCACGCUAUUUUCUUAUAUCAGAGCCGGAUAUCAAAUUAGAAGAUUCAAGUCCCGGCCGAGUUUCAAAGCUCCGAAUACGUUUACGUGGGACAACAUGUUGAUGCAUUCGAACGUGUACAGUUUCGUGGUGUUCGUAAUAUUCUGGCUUCCGUUCGGGGUGGUACUGGCCGUCGGUACCAAGCGAAAAAUACCGGACAGUAUUUUCUACAAUUUGGCCUGGUUGGCUAUAAGCAAAUCGUGCGUCAACAGCAUCCUGUACGGUAUAUCCAACCAGCAUUUCCGCGGCGCCUACGUGAAUUUGUUUCAAUAUUGUUGUUGCAAGACUACGGUGACGUUUUCCAGACGGCAACGACCGGAAGGCGUUAGACCGUCGGGGGACGUGAGGGUCCACAUAAUACCGGGGUAUAAUAUGUAUUGCAGCCCUCAGAGGAGCAGGGACAAUCAGAACAAGAGGAUUUCGUCGAGGACUAACGGUAGGGAGGUGUAUGAAUUAUGAUGAGAGGAUAGGGGCGUUUGGAUUUGAAUUUUUUUUUAUCUAAAAAGUCUGACGCUAUUAUAUCGGUAGCUCGAUUUAUUUAGAUGCUUGGAAAUGUAUCGAAAUUUUGGGUGU